AUACUUGGCCAGAUUAUAAACAUGAUGGCUGUUCUAUAAAAACAAAUAUGUUAUUAAAGAGCUAUUUUAAAAAAGAUAUGAUAAUACAUUACUGGAGAAGAUAUACCAAGUCUUUACAUGCAAACCUUGAAAAAAUAGAUAUAUCAAUACACAUAGAUGCAAGAGAGAUUAAAAGGUUUUGGAAUGAAGAAGGCAAACAACCUACAAAAUUAAAAUUACAACGAGAAAAAAACAAAGUAUAUAUAAAAAGGGAACAAUUAUAUAGAAAAAAUCUUGUUCAAGAGGUUGACCAAGAUACUUGGAUUGUGUCCUGUUUCAAUACAGAUACUGAUAUCCAAUAUGUUGCUACUAAAUUGGAUAAUGAUGGUUCUAAUAAAGAAAAUUCUAAAUCUAAGACAUCUGACUUAUUUGAUAAAU